AUGAGAGCACAAUUCGACUCGCUUUCGGGCAAAAAGUUCAACGUUGUCUACCCGGGCGACCGCAAAGUGGUGGUCGCCUCUAUCCCGGAAUGCAACGCCCAAGAUGUGGAUGAUGCCGUUGACUCGUGCUUCUCUGCCUUCCAAGAGUUCUCGCAGACCACGGCGCGGCAGCGCAGCGAGAUGCUUCGCAGACUCAACGAGCUCACGCUUGGCAACAUAGACGACGUGGCGACGCUGAUUGUGCGCGAGAACGGCAAGACACGCGCUGAAGCCGUGGCAGAAGUCAAGUACGCAGCCAGCUUCUUGGCCUGGUUUUCGAAUAUGGCGGAAGUGGGUGCGCAGGGCGAGACAAUUGCUGCUGCCAAUCCGAACAUGCGCGCGCACACGAUUCGACAGCCAAUCGGUGUAGUGGCGUGCUUGUUGCCAUGGAACCUGCCUCAGGCCAUGGCGACACGCAAGAUCGCGCCAGCGCUCGCAACAGGCUGUACGUGCAUCGUCAAGCCUGCCGGUGCAACGCGAUUGUUCACACUGGCAUUUGCCGAACUUGUCAAGCGCGCCGGAUACGCGGAUGGAUGCGUCAACGUCGUCACCGCGCUCGGCAACGUUGCGCAAGUCGGCAAAGCGAUCUGCGAGCACAGGCUUGUCCGAAAAGUGUCGCUGACCGGAUCCACACGCGUCGGAAAACUCAUCCAUGGAACUCGGAGGCAACUCGCGCUCGUCGUUGUUAUGAACGACGCCGACCUGGAAAACGCUCGCACGGGUGUACUGCUAGCCAAGCUGCGCACUCCGCGCCAGACGUGUGUAGCAGCCAACCGCAUUCUGGUGCAGUCGCGCAUUCACGACACAUUCGUGCAGGCGCUCAAGCAGAAAUUCAAAGACCUACAAGCACGGCCAUGGUCAAGACGACUCUGUACAGUUGGGUCCAUUGAUCAGCGACCGCGCCGUGCAAAACUCGAAUACGGAGGCGAGCCCGACUCAGCGCGCGCUGAGACAGGCGCGUUCUUCUAUCCACCCACCAUCCUCACGCGGCGCACGGACGACAUGCUUAUCUGCCCGCAAGAAUCCUUCGGGCCCGUCGCCAGCAUCCGUCGCUUCGAAACCGAGCACAAAGCCAUCGAAAUCGCCAACACCUCCGACGCAGGCCUAGGCGCGUAUCUCUUCACCAACCAUCUCCGACUCGCCGCACGCAUGUCGUCCGCGAUCGAAACCCGCAUGGUCGGCAUCAACACCGCCAUGCUCAGCGCGUCCGAAUCGGCGUUGGGAGGCAUCAGACAUUCCGGCUUCGGAAAACAAGCCUCCAUCCACGGCAUGGCUGAGUACCAGAUCAUGAAAACCAUCACCACCGACAUUUCCUGA